CUCUGCUUUUAUUUUGAAGGAAUUGACAAAUCGCCAAAGUUUAGCAUUGAGAACGCAUGCGCAGUAGAACAAGCGGGACAAACAAGCUGCCGGCGUACGCGAGCAAAGAAAAAACAUACCUCUCGCAGGCCGAACUGUGGUUGCGGAGAGCCGAGAGCGCCCCAUGGAGGCGGUGCUCAAAAACGUGGCGGGCACCGCGGAGCUGCUGGCGGUGGCGAGCCUGAGCGGCGAGGUGGAGCGAUGGGAGGAACCGACUGUGUCCAGAGCUUUUCAAUGGGCCCGCUACUGCGAGCAUCUUUGUCGCAGGUUCCACGACAACCCCGCGAUAAGGAGGGUUAUAGAGAAGCAGCUGCGGGUUACGAACCACGGUCUGCGAGCCGCCUUCGCGGGAUACGGUGACGUCUCCUUCUCGGACCUCUACCGGUGUCAGCACUUGUUGCUCGUUGGGCUGUUGAAGAAUCCUCAGCUGCCCAUCUCCGUCAUGAAGAUCCUCUUUGACGCCGAGCAGAGUGAGUACCAGGAGGUCACCGGCUACUGCAGCCGCAUCAUUCAAUGCAAAUCCGCCUGUAAGGUCCUGAGUCCUCUCGCAGACUCGUCAGCUGUUGGUGCUGAUGCUGAGGUGCAGGCGGAGAUGCUGAUGGAGCGGUUGGGUGCUCUGCUGAGCCGAGGCGGUGAAGCCCGGCACAUUUUAGACUCCGUCCCGCAGGGAUUUGAAGGAGCAGCAGGACAUUUCUGUGUGGUCAUCGCUGCGGCUCUGCUGAUGAAGAAGAACUCUUCGCAGGACUUUCUCUUGGACUGGCUGCAGAAGGAACAAAGUGUGCUGGAGCAAAUGUGUUCUUCUCUGCCCUCUGCACUCAUCAUAGAGCUGACCAAAAAACAGCCGAAAUUUAGAGAUGCAUUCUGUGAUCUGCUGAAAAAGUGGGCAUCUGAUAUGGAGUACAGCCUAAGUGAGGGUGAAUGGAUUCAAACCAGAAGAAACCCAACAGUGUCCUUCGACAGACUGACUGAGCACUUUUUGGGCUUGUUUGAGACCUGUCCCUCCGUGAGGGUGGAUGUAGAAGAAGAGCUAAAUGCUUUGAAAAUGUCUGAUGGAGACUUUGAUGUCAGGGGUCUGAGUGUGUGGGGAGACCUACUGUCAGUUUUCAACAAGUCAGUCUGAUGACUAUUUAAACAAAGAGAGGCCGACGGGACUCACACGUCUAAAUGUGUUCAUAUCGAUGGGAUGUACUUUUUGUUACCAAAGAAAAUGUGUCUAAAGCACAGAUUAUUGUAAACUUUGUCAAUGACUUAAAGAAAUCAUAUUCUUCUUAUCCGAUUCUAAAAAUAUUUGUUUCCAUCUUAGUCAACGUUAUUGCAUCUCUGCUUGGGUUUGGGCGUUGACAUUCGUAGACAAAUUUAAACAGUUUAAGGAUUUAGUAGAACAUUUCUUAUUUUCAUCUGAUGGAGGUUGUUAACAAGUAGUGUUUUGCUAUGACCAAAACACUAUAAGCAUAAGCAAAUGUUAUUGCCAAUGGCAUUCGAGAAUGUUUUUAAACCCUUUUUUCAAGUUUUAGUAAUUAAAACAUUUUUUCAUCCAUUCACCUUGUAAUAGUGGGAUUGAUGUUUUUUUCAAUACAAUUACUCACAGUGGAAUCACAUGAUGCUUUGAAGAUGAAGAUGUUCUGACCCAGUUCAAUUCUAAUGAAAAGUUGCACUUAAAUUGUUGUCUGAAUAUUCAAGGAUUUAUUCGGCCCUGUAAUUGCCACCUCACUGCCAAAUGAUGUUCUAAAUGUACUUUUGACAAUCAUUCCGUGGUUGCUAAUUUACGAGGUUUAAAAAAAAAACGGUUUAAAAGAAAAGAAAGGCAUUGUAAAAUCCAUUUUUUAUUUACUUAACACACCUAAAAUCAUCUAGAAUUUCUUGCACACCAUCCGUCAAUAUUGCCUCCUCACAACAAAGCGGCGCUCCUCCUGAAUCUCAACGCCGUGAUUUGGCUCGAUGCCAGCGAUGUGACUCCACUGCCAAUUCCCACAUCCCCGACCUCGCCCGCGUGCCGGCCAGGGAUCAGUUAGUCAGAUCAGGCGUCUUCAAUCACAGCCUCCACAAUGGCUGGUGUGUGACACAACUGUGGCAGGCAGCGGAUUAGAGAGCCGGUCCGCCGCGCGCAGGGAAACGCCAACACGGCCACGGCUCGUUUAACACGCCACAAAAGCAAUUCACGUUGAGGCCGACAAGGGUCAGCGAGUAGAGGGAUGGAUGUACACAACCAAUUUAUUUCCACGCAAUGAAGAACAUAUGCAUCCGACUGGUGGGAAACCGACAAUGAUUGAGUGCUGCGGAGGCAAAGAUGUAUGCAAAUACGUUCAUUAAGAUGUUCACCGUGUUAAAUUGGAUUUUAGCCAGUUUGGUAUUGAAAGGAAAUAAAAAAAGGUACUAAAUAAGGAC